CAUAUGUCAUAACGUUCGCUGCUAGAGCGAGGCGCUAUUUUGCUGUUUCGGUAUUUAAACAAUUUUCUGUAUGUAAUAUAAAAAUAACAUAAUGUGCAAGUAUACUAAGUGGUAAUUUGAUAUUAAUUUUACAAUUGCAUAGUGCGUAAGUAGUCGAAAACCUCAACUAAAUGGCUUCAUCGCCGUUUCGCAGAUUGUGCCAUUGGGGUCCAUUAUCGGUUUUAGGUAUAAUAAAGCUCAUAACAUGGGCAAUGGUGCACCUCCUGGGCAUGUGGUGGCCGCCACACUCGUCCAUAGCCGCAGCCCUACAUGCAGCUCUGUUCCUCUCACUGGCUGCUUCCACUUUGUACUACUUCCUACAGUCAUUACUUGAAGGACCUGGCUUUGUACCAUUAGGAUGGAAACCAGAAAAACAAGAGGAUACAGAUAAUUUACAGUUUUGUACAGUGUGUAAUGGAUACAAAGCACCAAGGUCACAUCACUGCAGGAAAUGUGGCUACUGUGUAAAGAAGAUGGAUCACCACUGUCCGUGGAUCAACUGCUGUGUGGGACACAACAACCAUGGAUACUUCACACUUUUCCUCACUUCAGCCGUGCUGGGCUGCUUCCAUGCUUCUGUCGUGCUGUCAAUAUGCAUGUACCACGCAAUAAACCGCGUGUGGUACAUCCACAGCGGCACGGGCCGGGAGCCGCUGGUGUACCUGACGCUCACCACGCUGCUGCUGACGCUGCUCGCCAUCGGCAUGGCUGUGGGCGUCGUGUUGGCUGUCGGAGUCCUGCUGUAUCUGCAGGUCCGCGGCAUACUCCGCAACCAAACCACCAUAGAAGACUGGAUAGUAGAGAAGGCGGUAGGCCGGCGCGAGGAGCAAGGCCUGCCGGACUUCGUGUUCCCUUACAACGUGGGCUGGAGGAACAACAUCAGACUUGUACUGUAUGGCAACAAGUACGAUGGCAUACGGUGGCCGGUGAGAGACGGAUGUGGGGAGUAUGAUCUUACGCGCGAACAACAAGCCCAGAAACAAGACAAACGGGUACGUUCCCGGCUGUACACAGCGAUAGCAGAGUACUCAGGGUACUGGGUGCCGCUGCGGCGCUACCCCUGGGCGGCGCUGGCGGCGCCCUGCACCGACGAGCCGAGGUUGCCCCUGCGGCCUGGGGACGUCAUCCGCGCCACCAGGCAGAGACGGCAUUGGUUGUUCGGCGAGAAGUUAAUAGGAGAAGGCGAGAGUCGAGGUCCACGCGGCUGGUUCCCGCGCGACGCCGCUACUCCCACCGACCAUCUAUACAAGACCAAGCCCGACUAGCGCCCGGAAACCUGCGGUCCUCACACUGUCUAGCAAAUACAUGGAGGUAACUUGUAUAUAAGUAUAUCAAUGUCUGUAUGAAAUGUGCUUUAUUGUCCAAUAAUGACGGGUUAGGUAUUCCAAUGUCUCCUUCGGUCGACACUGAGCGGUGUUUCUACAAGCAAGACAGUGGUACAAUGAAAUAAAAAUAAUUUUAGUAGGGUAUCCAAUAGUAUGCAGUGUCGAUCCAAUGUCCAGUCUUGAGAAAACUGCUUAUGUGUUACUCGUUUUCGACUGUUACCACUCCAUUUAUUUGCUAUAUACUGUGGGUCACUGUAUGUACGUACGAAUGAAUGAAUCAUGUUAUACAUGGAUAGAAUAAAUUCAUCGUUUUAUAUGAAAGAGAUCAUAGUCAUAUUUUAUAGUAUUUGUUGAAUACUUCACUGUUUAUCGUUGCUAUCGAGGGCCUAAACCAUAUAUUUUUCUUUUUAUUUAUACUGCUUUAUAAAGCUGCUUUUCUAUUAUGCAUGUUAUAAGUGAUACUGUAACAGAUUCUGUGUUCCUACCCUCUAUAUUUUUAAAACAUCAUUUCCAUCCAACGAUCUCAGAUAUCUUGAAUUUAUUAUUAUUUAACUCUAAACCAGUUUUGUAAGAAAAUGUUUUUGAAACAUGUUUGUGUAAGUAGACAAUCAGAAAAUCGUGUAAGGUCACAAAUUAUGCCUACUGUACACAAUAUUGUGUUGUUUUUAUAUUACGACCAGUUGCACAAAAUUUGGAUUUUAUUGAAUCCCUGUGAGGUCGCAAAUUUGGCAAAACACAAACUGAUUUUUAACUAUGAAAUAAAAAUUAAAAAAAGCUACACAACAGAAUAUUAAGAUUAGGCCAUUGAUAUAACUAUUAAGUCAAAAAGGCAAACGGAAAAAUCCCCAACUUGUACAGUUAACAAAUAAAUAUUCAUGUUUUUAGUAUCAGGCAGUGUUUCAGUUGGUUCAAUAUUGUACUGAUUUAGCCCGCGUCUUAAUUGACUACUAGGAUGCAUAAGACUGCAGACAAUACUUUUAAAGUCAAUUUCAAGUGGCAUGUUGACUGUGGCGGUUUAUUAAUUUGGCGCCAAGUAUAGAAAUCCCGGGCGCCAGGCUUAGAAGUCCCGGGCGCCAGGUUUAGAAGUACCGGGCGCUAGCUUGGGAAACGAAGAAAAGUCUAUUACUGAACACUAUUUAAUUCAAGCCCAAGUUAGUUAAUGUUGCUAAUCUUUAUAUUUAUAUUUUUGGUGGCAUUUAAACAAGACAGUGGAAUCUUUAUAUGAAUUUAUGAGUCAUAGAUUAUAAUGUAGUAUGACUAACUGUUAGGCUCUUCAACGGUUGUUUGUUAUUUUGAGCAAUUUUAUAAUAUUAUGACUUAAUAGUUGUGAUUGUAAAAAUAAUCUGUUUUGUAUAAAUAAAAAUUGUAUAUUUAA